UACGACGUCGUACCUAUCUGGCUUCUUCUCCCCGAUUCCUACAUUUUGUUGUAUUGUCGACGAACUUCUCCGUUAUUUCAGUCUAGUCGAUUAGCAGGCUAUUCCUGUCUCCAUUGCAGCUUCUGCCAGCAAAAUCUCUCUCUCUCUCUCUCUCCUCUCUCUCUCUCUCUCUAUAACAUAUACACACUGUAUAUCUUUUUUGUUUUCUCUGUCCAGGGCUUUCUUAACCGCGUCUGCUUUGAAAAUUUCUUUUGACAGGUAAUAUAUGACUAUCUAGAAUUCAAAUCAAAAGCUAUCAAAUUUGAUCUUCCAACGAAUCUUCUGUCUUGUUCAAGGGGUGGCAGUCCUGGAUAAAAGUGUGUAAUAUUCCUGAGUAAGGAUUUCUAGAUAAUUGUCUGGCAUCUUUACUCAGAUUCAAGGUGCUGAUUUAAACGCACAAUUCACUCGUCCACUUGAACAAUUUGAAGCCAUGUAUAACGAGGGAGCCCCAGAGUUUAUUGUUGAUCGGGGUUUGUAUUAUCCUACUGCCACCAAUUAUGGGUAUAUAGGAACUGGAUUUGAGUCACCCGCUAACUGGAAUGACCACAAUGGGAUUUUUGUUUUGAAUGGUCAAGAUGUUCAGUACACCGGUUUGCCAAAUGAUUGUUUGCCAUAUGUGUAUUAUGCACCUAACUACGGUUAUGCACAGGCUCCUUAUAAUCCGUAUAAUCCUUACAUUCCUGGUUCUAUGAUAGGAGUAGAUGGCCCACUUGUAGGGGGCCAGCAGUACCACACCGUUCCCUCUUACGAGAUUCCUGUUUCUUCUACUGCAUAUGUGCCUGUUGCUUUUCAAUCUAAUCUUGAUAUUAUCGAUAAUGCUGCAUCUGUUAGUCAAGUUGAUGGUCAAGCUCGUAAGCACAAUUUGUCUUCAAAAUCUCCAUCUUUUACUCGGGUGUCGUUAGGGAAUGGUUCUAGUUUGACUAAUUCAUUUAGAAUGGUAGCUGAUGGAACCAGAGGUAACGCUGGAUGUAGCAACAAGCCCAUGCCUCAUGGAAGUGGUAAAUCUGGUGGUUUUUCAGGCCCAGCAUUGCCACAAAUUCACCAGGGUAGAGGUUCUCAACCCGUAAAAAAUGUUUCAACUGGUUGUACUCAACCGAAGCUUGCUCUUCUUCCUGACAAUGGAUUAUCUGGUUUUGAAUCGAGUGAUUGUGCCUUGGGAUCUGUAGAUGAAGUUAAACCCAUGUUACUAAAUAAGAAAUUUCUAGAUGAUGUAAAAGUCAGUCCUGAGACCGUGGAACAUAAUCACGGGCCUAAAACUAACAAAUCGAAAAAUCAAUUGGUGGUUAAAUCGUACACAACAAGGGCUGGAGAUCCUGAUGCACAAGGAAACAUAACUAUUCAUACCAAUCAGUAUAGGAAGGGUGAUUUUGCUCUUGAUUAUGUCUAUGCAAAGUUCUUUGUGAUUAAAUCAUAUAAUGAGGAUGACGAGCACAAGAGUAUAAAAUACAAUGUGUGGUCGUCUACGCCUAAUGGAAACAAGAAGCUAAAUAAUGCUUACAAAGAUGCUCAGAUAAUAGCUGCUGCAGAUUCAAGAGGCUGCCCUGUCUUCCUCUUUUUUUCUGUUAAUGCAAGUGGCCGGUUCUGUGGGGUUGCAGAGAUGAUUGGUCCUGUGGAUUUUCAUAAAGAUAAGGAUUUCUGGCAGCAAGAUAAAUGGAGUGGUUGCUUCCCUGUGAAGUGGCACAUGGUAAAAGAUGUACCAAACCCCAACUUCAGGCACAUUAUACUAGAGAAUAAUGAGAAUAAGCCAGUGACUAACAGCAGAGACACACAAGAGGUAUGUUUCCAUUUUUCUAUGGUCCUAUUUGAUCAAAUAAAUCAAUAAGAAGAUUAUUAUUAG